AUAUAUUAAAAUAAUGUUAGAAGAGAAUUCGAUGUGGUUACGUGUCACAAUAGAGGAAAUGGUUGAAACAUGUCAUCAGUGGAUAAUGUCAUUUAUUUCGCAGGACUUUAAAAAUUACAAGUUCGUAACAAAUUUAGGUGUUGGAUUUGUUUUAGUCAGCUUGUUGGUAGUUCUUGCGGCUGUAGUAUUGUCAUGGGCACCAUUGGCCCAACUAAGUAGUACAAGUAGUAGUCGUACUAGUACUAGUGAAGAAAGUGAACGUAGUGACGGGAAGUCCCACUUAAAUCAAGAUGCAAGUAGCUUUGGGUUACUGUCGUGGAGAAAAAAUUGGGGAAUUGGGCUUGGAAAGAAAACAUCAGGCAAGACAGCACUUUUAUCGGAAAGUCAAAAAGAUCUCCAACUUGCACCUGUUUUAUAUGACAACACACAAAAUGUUGCCAUUGUUGGUGAAAGGAGGUUCUUGAAUUUUCUUCCAGAAACAAAUGAAAUAACGGUUAUUGAUGAUGUGUCUAGUUCACUUGACGAGAUAAAAGAAUUUGUUCAAAUAUAUCCAAAAAAGAAAGAAACGUUUGAAGCUGUAAAAAAUGAACCUGAAGCUCUUAUAUCCCUGAAUAUGGCUAUUCGUAUGAAAGAUGCUGGAAAAAAUGAGAAAGCACUGAAAUUAUUUCAGCAUGCUAUGGCUCUGAACCCUUUACAUCCAGACAUCCUUAAUCACUAUGGAGAAUUCAUUGAAGAACAAAAUAAAGAUUUUAUUAAGGCUGACCACCUUUACACAAGAGCACUUAUCUUUUGUCCUGAUCACUCUAAAGCCAUUGUUAACAGGGGUCGUACACUUCCAAUGGUUGAAGAACUUGACCAGAAACAACUGAAUAGGAUUGAUAGAAAACGAGAUCAUCUUUUUCAGGUUCCAGAUUAUGAUCCAUCCCUGAAACGAAUGAAGAAAGAAGCAUACUUUCAACAUAUUCACCACACUGUUGCUAUUGAGGGAAACACAAUGACUUUAGCUGAAACACGUAUGGUAGUAGAAACUAGAAUGGCUGUUCCUGGAAAAAGUAUCAUGGAGCAUAAUGAAAUCAUUGGUUUGGAAUCUGCUUUGAAAUAUAUAAAUAACACCCUAGUUACCAAAUAUGGACCCAUUACCAUUGAUGAUAUAUUAGAGAUUCACAAGAGAGUUUUAGGCCAUGUAGAUCCUGUUGAAGCAGGAACUAUAAGAAGAUCUCAGGUAUAUGUUGGUGACCACAUUCCACCUCCACCUUCUGAAUUGUUUGAUCUCAUGGAAGAUCUGAUUGAGUGGCUUAACUCUGAUGAAGGUCUGAAACUUCAUCCAGUAAAGUUUGCAGCUUUGGCACACUAUAAAUUUGUCUUUAUUCAUCCAUUUAUGGAUGGAAAUGGCAGAACUGGUCGGUUGCUUAUGAAUUUAAUUCUGAUGAGAGCAGGCUAUCCCCCUGUGAUUAUAAGAAAGCAAGACCGUUCUCUUUACUAUCAGUAUCUCCAGUUUGCUAAUGAAGGAGAUGUUAGACCUUUUAUUAGAUUUAUUGGGGAUUGUACUGAAAGGACGUUGGAUGUAUAUCUUUUUGCAACUGAGUACGGUAUGUCUGGCUUUAGAGCUUUAGAAGGCCAUGGAGGCGAAAUUAAAUCUGAUGUUAUUGAAGUUUAAAGAAACUUGUUUAGGAACUUUGUACAUGUACAAAAUUGAAUGAGAAGUGUUUUAGAUUAAUAGUUUGUUUUUAUGUAUUAGUAAAAAAAUCUAAUAUGAAUGCCAAAAUUGUAUUUAUUUAAACUAUUACCAU